GCCAGACACCAUUUUGGAUUUGAGAAAAGACUCCGGGUGGUUACGAUAACGUGAGUGUUAGUAAUGUGUCUAUAGCUGUUGUAAGAGAUAGACAGUAUUGAACUCUUCAGUGAUUGGAACACAUUUCGUGACAAUUUGAUUGAUAUGUGAAAACAAGUGUCACUAGAGGUUUCUUUUUCUCAGGAUAAUGCUGUGAAGGAUAUUCCGUUUUACAUCUGGAUAUCGGGUAACUGAUCAGAAAUCAUAAUAAACGGAGAUCAUGGAACAAGUAUACCCAAUGUUAACUAGAAUCAGAACCCGAAGCAGCAUGAAUUUGAAAAGGAUUCAUUGUGGCACUGGGAGACCCAAAACCCGGAAAAGAUUGACAAAAACUGGCAAAUCAGCUGACAAAGAUCAAAAAGGAUCUAAGAAGAAAAGGAAAAAGAAAGCUGUAACUGCACUGGUACUUAAAGAAAGAAAUAAGUUGACAAAAAGUGGCAAAUCAGCUGGCAUCGAACGUCGUGUAUCACAUUCCGGCGGUAGUGAAGAAGACCUUGAACAGGAAGUAUCUGGCAGUGAUUCUGUUCCAAAAAUCAAACCAAGGAAAAGGAAAGCUACAGUUGAUGCUGCUUCUAGCAGAGAAUAUCAACACAAGAUCAGUACAAAGAAAAAAAUCGAUGAUGGAGUGCAAGUUUAUCAGAUGAAAUGCGGUCGAGAGUGUUUUCCUCUACUAGACUACCAUUGCAGUCUGUUAAGCGAUAUUGCUACCAAAUAUCAAAAGUUGAAACCCCUCCUCUUUGGAAAAAAACAUGAUGUGGCAAUACCGAAUAUAGCACGGUCAAAAGAUUUACUGUUUACUGUGGUGACAAACGGUAAAAUCAGUGAAGAUCUUCCACUCAUCGUUAGAAAACAAAACAUGGGCAGUAUCACCUUCACAGAUAUCACAGAGAAAUCUCAUGUCUCAAACACGAUACAUGAAGCCAAGGGCAGUUCUUGUUGUUUAGUGUUAGAACACUCUGACGUACAUUUAGAUGUCAAGGCAGAAGCUAUUCUUCGCGUAUCUUCGCUAACAUCAAAAACAGCUCCACGUCAAAAAGAUGACAGAGAGAUCGAAUCUGACAUGACUGAACAAAACAUUAGAAAAAGACUCACAUAUCUCCUUGGCGAUCCAUUGUUUUCGUAUGCAGGAAACAUUGCAGAGAGAUUAAAGAAACUGACUGACGCAAAAUCUACUGCGGACGAUCCUGACGAAUUGGUUGAACAGGCUACACAGGCUGCACACGCUUUGCUGAACAGAAAAGACACGUCAAGGCCAUCGAGAUCACUCGAAACUGACAGAAUUCCCGACAAAGUUUCUAUGGAACUAAAUAAGCUGGCUACAGAUGGAGUUUUGGCUUUUGGUUUUUUUCCCAAGCGGUCUGGUGGUAUUUCUUGACGAGAAUAUUUUGGGGCAAAAACGUC